AUUAGUACAUCACAUGUCCUGCAUGAGACAGGAAAACACGCGGAGUCGCGUGUCCCGGCGAUCGGCCGGAUAAGCUCAUUAAUUCACCCAAGUAGACAGAAUAACGUUUCAUAUAGGCAGUUCAUCGUCAUACUCAUUAUGCUUCGGCGUUAGCAUCUCGAUUGCAGUUGCGAUUGUGACAUAAGCCACUGCACGACACUCGUCGAGGGACAGCAUAUCAUGCGAUGCACGUACUGCAACUCAUCGCACUAGGUGAAAAUUUACCCCGAUAGAUCCACCAGCUUUGCAUAGUACAGACCAUGCAAUGCCAUCGAGCCUCAUUAUGCGCACUAGCUCAGCAUGAUUGGAAAUGUAUUUUAUAUGCACAUGCUUCCCGCUUCUAGCACAACACCUAUAUCCUCGAUAAUACGGGAGGUACAGGCAAAAGGAGAAAGUACUGUCGCUGUGUCGAGUUUUGUUGACGGUUUGAGUUGAUUAUUGAUUUAGUGGCGAUUGAACGGGUAGGCAAACCUUUCAUGUUGAACCGGAACAAAUAAUGAUUGUACACCUCGUCAAGUUAUCACAAAGGUGGAUUUAAAUGUCAAUAGGCGACUAUAGGAGGACAGAUCAGGUGAAGCCAUUGCAAAGUAUAUAUGCUUCUUUUUUUGUUCGUACAAGACUCCUACACCAGUCAACAGUUACUGUUUAACCCACACACACAAAUUGACCCGGCAAAGUUGAAUUGUGAGAAUAACAGUUGGAUUGUUUACCAACUUUUGAAUUAUACUCCCACUCAGUCUUACAUGGUAGUUUCUGUACGCGAUUUGAUUACUUAUGGUAAUCACGAAUAACCGUUAAAGGAACCCGUAGAGGAUUUCCCGAAGGAAUUACCCCACCAACAUGGUGUCGGUCGAUCUCAGUGGCUCUUGGAAGUUGGUGAGCAGUGAGAACCUGGACAAGUUCUUGAAAGCAUGCGGUGUCGGACUGGUACACAGGACAAUGGCAUGUAAAGUGAACCCUACUGUUGACAUCAAACAGGAUGGCGGGGACACGUUCGAAAUCGCGACCAGGACGCCGUUGAACAAGCAAGAGAUGCGCUUCAAGGUCGACGAGGUGUUUAAAGGAAACAUCCCCUGGGAGAAGUCGGACAGGGAGAUGAAGGCAUCGUGGGAAGACGAGAAGCUCGUCAUCAGAAUGAUGGAUGAUGUCGAUGGAAGCGAGCCCGUGUUCGCCAGGUACAUCGACGGGGAACAACUCGUGCUAGCUCAGAGCAAGAAAGGCGUAGAAUCCAAGCGGUACUUCCAAAGGAUAACACAAACUAAAGAAAGAAACUAAUGAUGCCAUUUUGUAUAUUUCAUAUUCUGUAUUAUUAAGCGAACAAGCUUGUAAAUAUCUAUGCUGAAUGUCGAUGAUGCUUUUUAUGUACACUGAGGCUGAUACUUAUUUACUCGUAUAUAUUCGCUGAAACAAAAAGCCUGAAAGUACUCUUUUAUUGCAAUAGCUUUAUAAUAUCCGAUUUUAAAUCGUAACUAUGAAAAUAUAUCUUAAAUCUAUGCACAUACACGUAUAGUAUCGCAAGUACGAUAUUCGCCAAAAUGUUGUACUUUCUUUUUUAUUCGUCAAAAAUUCAAACACAUUUGUCGCCACUGCAGUAUACUGCAUGUGCAGACGAGCAAUGCUUGGAUUUGGUUGAAGCACCCCGAUAUUUGUGUAUGUCACCAAAUAUUCAAUGUGAAAGGCUUCACAGUUAUAUAUAUUUUUAGAAGGAUAUGUCACAAUUAAUAACCAAUAUAACGUUAGUGGUAUAAACGCUGGAUCGCAUUUUAAGAUCCUUCGAUCGACUCUUUCUAGGAUAUAGAUAUACUUUUUGGUAAUUUGUACAAAGAUUUGACUUUUUACGUUUAUCAACUUAAGUACUCUUCGAGAGCGCUAAUAAGUAUUUAAUUAUUACUGUAACAUUAUCAUUGUUAUUAUUAUCAUUAUUAAUAUUAUAAAGCUUGUUAUUGUUGUCGUUGUUUUUGUAUACCUUCGUCACAGCAAUGGUGUGUAAUUUUUUUCUUCCAUGAGGUAACUUGGAGUAUGAGAGCGCAUGCUCUUUAAAAUGACUUAAAAAUGGUAAUUGUUUCAGUAUUCGUAAGACAGAAUUAUGCCAAUUACAUAUUUAUACAUGUUAAACCUUGCAUCACCUGUCAUCUAUGAUUUACACGUAAGAUAUGGUGUAUAAAAUAUUUACUAUGUUUGUAAGUAUCUAUACACUGCAUUUUUUCCCCACUCGAAAUGCACGGUUGAAAAACGUUUUCUAUCAAUAUGUUUUUUAGCAGCUUUCCCCCCCCCCCCAUUCCAUUCAAAAUCAUAAAAACGGUGACAUCAAAACAUAGGAAAACCAGACACAAAAGUGCAAUUGAAUACAUUAAAGAUAAAUGACAUCAUAGUACAUCACAAAAGAGACACUGAGGACUAACUAAGAGGAAAAAAAUGAAGGAAGGAGAUAAUCAAUGGUCAGGCCAGUAAGUACUGAUGAUAUAUUUUGUAUGUUUUCUUUUAAAAGAAUGUUAUGAUGGGCAUUUUUUAGUUCAAAGGACGAGGAAUUCCAAAGCUUGUGCCCAAUAUAUUUCACAGUGUUGUGAAGUAAUCUAUGAACUUGCUACAUGUACUUAGAGGCUGCAAACAUAAAUAUAUUGAUAUUGUUGUAAGUGCAAUAAAACGACGAUAUUUUCAGCUACUUCUUUUUUAUAUAGAAAGUGCAUGAUAUGUGAUUAGCUAGAGGGGAGAAAAAUAUCGAAAAAGAAUUAUAACUAUCGCCUACAUUGAUGAUAUAUUAAUUUGUAAAUUGUAUCAUUGAAGAACAAAAAUGCUACAUGAAAUGCACAAAUCGCGAAGAAUAUAGAUGCGCUGGUCACAAGACGAACGCCAACGUAUUUCCAUUAUUUGCUUUUUAGCGAAGUAUUAUCUUACUGUUAAAUAAUUGCAAUUUUUGUCUCGAAGGGAGUGACUUGUCUGUUUAUAUUAUGCAAUACAAUAUCUUGUCACCAUGGAGGCUAUAUACUUAUUUGUCUUAUUGGCAGCAAGAUUAAUUACACAAUGCACUUACUAAAAUAUGCAUAUAUUUGUGAAAAAGUAUGAAAAUGCGCGGUGAAAAAAAAAAAAAAUUAGUAUUUUCAUCUAUUUUGUAAACUACUACUCUUUCUAUUAUUACUAUACUACUGUUACAAGCAGAAUAUUUUUUACAAUGUAUAAAGAAAGGUGAAAUUUGAAAGCUAUUGCUCAUUUUAAGUAUUAAGUACCAAUGAAAGAUACUAGUAUUGCUGUGGAAAAAGCUUUUUCCAAUAUUUCCUUCUCUCACUACAACCAAACGACAACUUACAAUUUUGAAAG